UGUAGAAACAGUCGUUACGACGAUGCCAACAACACUGGAAGCGGGACGAGGUGUGAUUCCGUUGUAAGUGCCGUGCAACGAACAAACAUUUCCUCUAUAAACUCUAUUAUUUUGUCGCUGUCUCGAAUCGAAGGAGAACAUACCGCGACGUUUACGCGUAUUUGUCGCAGGAUACUCGCGGCACGGUACACGUGCAUCGCAGAAUCGCGCCGGUUGCUCGGGUUUUGGCGGUUUACCAGUUGCACGCGGCACACGGAGGGUGGCAGUCGCGAAGGAGAGAGAGAGAAGGAAGACAGAAAGGUGGUCGCGGAAACGCUGGUUUUUAAGGUGGCCGGGACGAACGGCGAGGUGAAGUGAGAGAAAAAUACGUGAAAUGGAAUUGCACACGCCGAAGCGUGAAUCGCGUCCUUUGACGGAAGCGUUGCCCUGCAGCCCGCCGAUGUGCGACACCAUGCUUUAUCCGUGGAACUGGGGUGAAGAGGCGAGGAAUGUGAACCUCAGCCCCGGUAGCUCGUGCUCGUCGCCUGAAUAUAGAGAGCAUAACGUAGUGGCCACGCGAACGGGACCGCGAUCGCGUUCGGGAGGAUCGGAGCAUCAUCGCCGUGGACGACCUAGAGCUGACGCUCUAUCGAACCUCAUGAUGCAAGGAAGCACCUCUCCCAGCAGUAUAAAAUGCACUUACUGCAACAGGGUCUUUCCACGGGAGAAAAGCCUCCAAGCACAUUUGCGCACCCAUACAGGUGAACGUCCCUAUCCGUGCGAUUAUCCAGGAUGCACGAAAGCUUUUACCCAAUCCGGACAAUUGAAGACUCACCAACGACUGCAUACGGGAGAGAAACCUUUUUUAUGUACGGAACCUGGCUGUGAGAUGAGAUUUACACACGCGAAUAGACACUGCCCCGAUCAUCCUUAUGCCACUCUUACACGUUCCGAUGACUUUGUAUUGAAGCCUGUGUCGGAAAACACGGAAUUACCUCACGACGUGACUAAAUGGCUAGAGCGUUACAAAAUGUCCAGGGAACGAGAAGAUAGGACGCCCACAGGGAAAAAUGAACGCAAGAAGAAAAGUUGGAAAAGUAGUUCAGAGAAUCACAAAAGAGUUAAAUCUAGAAAGGGUUUGAUGAUGGAUGCGACAGGGGAACAGGAGAAUUUAGAUUGCAAAGGAUCUAAUCAGCGACUGUAUUGCGAGAGUCAAGACAGCCAAGAGGAAAGCCAAGACGAAGAUCCUGCAGAGACGUGCGCCGUGUUGCAAACAUCCGAAGACGAGGAGAUAUCGACAAAGUUAGCGAUUACUCCUUUGAGAAGACCAUUGGAUCGACUUCAGCCAAAGAAGAGAUGGUUACGGGAAGCUUGUCUGGAGCAGCAGCUGGCCAAACCUUUGAAUUGGGAUGUGAAGCCUGCGAAUCCAGCUGUGACCGCUUCGUUUAAAUCUAAUUGUAAUCAAAUGCAAUGGAGCGCGCCUGUCGAUAAUUCGUGUUUGAACGAGUGCAAAGAAAUUGAAAUUGCAAAAUCAGAGUUAGAUUCCUCUUACGCGACCGGUCACGUAUCUUGGGAUGUCGAUAACGAAUCCUCGGAAACGUGCGCGAAGGAAGAGCAAAAGUACGUAUUCGAAGUGUCGAAUACAUUAUCGCAAACUAUUUGGAACACUUCGCAGCAAACUACAAAUAAUUUCUUACCUAACGAUAAACAUUCUACCUCUAAACUCGAAUCAUCCGAACACCCGGCUCAUGUAUAUUGGGACAACGAUUUCAUAAAAGAUACUACGAAUUCUUCGUUGAAUCGAUCGAAUAUAAAAAUGAAGAAUUUUGCUCAAAAGGAUGUUAAGCAGGACGCGAUCAUGAGUCCUUGUAUCAGCGAAAACAUAACGAGACCGACUGUUUUAAUGUUAGCUGGUAGUUCUAAUAACAACAACAACAACAAUAAUAAUAAUAGCAAAGAUACUAUCACGAAAGUAGCGCCAGUAGAAUUGGAAACAGGAACAAAAGUAGUAGUUAUUAAACAGGAAGAGAAUCUUGUAAAGUUACCGAUACCUGAGGAUAGUCAAAAAUGGUUAGGCGCUUUAGCUUUGAUGGAAUUAGCUAAAAAUCAAGAAGAGACAAUACGAGGCUUAGGCCUCAAGCAAAACAAAGAUGAAUGCUCUGUGAAUUCCGAGCUGAACUAUACCCAUUUAUAGACUGUGAUUAAUGACUGUUCUAAUUCUGAUUUAUGUUAUUUUUGUAUGGCGGGCAAGAAACAAAUAAAAGUGCAUUCAUUGCCAUAUCACAAUUUUCCGAUAUACAAACACGAAAGAAAUAUGUCGUUCAGAAUUACAUCUGUUUUUCUUGCACAA